AUGGCUUCAUAAUCUAAAAAAAAUAUCUCUGAAAAUAAAAGAGAUACCCUUUAAUUCUUUUCCAGAUAAAGCUAAAGUGCAUAAAAAUUUAUAGAAAACAAAGAAAAUGAAAAUCCUUAAUUCUUAAGUAUUGACAAACAAAAUUAUAAUUGUAAAAUAAGACAUAGUAUAUUGACAAAUGAAACAAUAAGUAAUAAGAAGUAAUGUGAAAUACUGAAAUUAAUAAAACCUGGUAGUGAUAAUUAUGUAGAAUUUGUUGUUUAUGAUGAUGAAGAAGUAGGAAUAACUAAAUAAUUUUCUGAGAAACUUCAAGAAGCUUAUGAUAGAGAUGAUGAUGUUGAGACAACUGAUAGUGUUUAGAAGUAGUUAUAAGAUAUAUGUUUAAAUGAUUUAGAAGAGGGGAUACAAUAAAAUUUGAGUGAUAAAAAUAAAAGGAUUAUAAAUUUAAAGAGAAUUCGAAAACAUUACAAUGAACUUGAGAGUAAAAAAGAGAUUAAAAAUUGA